GGCAUGCAGAGCUGUGCAGGGGAGAGAUAGGUCGCUUCGGGUUUCAGAGACACGCACUGAUUACAGACCUGCGGCAUUUAGUGGGGUAGCUCAGAGGAGAAGCAGUGAAUGAGACUAACGGAGCGGAACACAGAGGAGUAAGAGUCCGUUCCUGUGAAUCAUGAACAUCACUGACCGACUGAUGACAGUGUAGGCUACAAAAUGGCUCGUAUUCUAACUUAGAACUAAUCACUCAUUUGGGUGCAGCAGGACAGUUUCGCGACAGUUUGAAGAAGAAAAAAGAUACCUGCAAAACUUUUUCGCCAACAGAGAAAUACACCCUCUCAAAAGCUCCCCAGCGUUUAAGGUCAUUUGGGUUCCUCUUCUGCCCUUCUUUACCUGUUAGAUAAGGCUUUAGAUAAAACCAGAGGUGGAGGUGUAAAAUGGACGAGGUUCAGAAGUGGGGAGUCGCUGGUAAACCGGGUGAGGAGAGGAAAACUCACGGUGAGCAGCAGCAACCUUCCAAAACGCCGCUAUGGAAAAACUGGAGAGAUUUGUCGGGCGUAACGAUUUGCAUCGCAGUAUGUGUUCUGUGCCUUGGAGUUUGCAUUGUGGAUCAUGUGCGGACCUCGGAGUUCCAGUCCAGGGUAGUAAGUCUGGAGCAGCAGCAGUUCUCCGCGUGGAUGUUGUCUCUUGAACAGGUGGAGCCCGUUAUCCUGGGCCGACUGGAGCAGAUCCUGGAGGAGAAGCUUGCAGCACGGCUUCCGAAAACACGGGAGAUGAGGGAGGCUACCCACAACUGCCUGUGUCCCCCAGGCAAUCAUAAAUGCCAUGAGAAGAUGGAGGGUGUGGGCACAUCCAUAUCCACAGGAAUGGUGUUGUUCCUGGCUUCGACGAUGACAUGUUGAUAAGGAACUUUAGGGUGUCACGGGAGACCUUCAGUUACAUCUGCCGUCGUCUAGGCCCUGUCCUGCAAAGCGAGACCACCAACUACCAUUAGCCCAUGCCUGUGAAUAAACGGAUUGCCAUCGCCCUGUGGAGACUGGCCACCAACAAUGAGUACAGGAGUGUGAGUCACCUUUUUGGCGUUGUUAUUUCAACAGUUUGCCGUUGUGUGCAGGCCUUCUGCUAUGCAGUCAUAAAGGUGCUGCUUCCUGACCACAUCAAGAUCCCUGAUGCCAGAAAGUUAAUGGAGAUGGCUACGUAUUUUGACAACAGGUGGAGGGCACCUCAAUGUGUUGGAGCAAUGGACGGCGGCCACAUCCCCAUAUUAGCACCUGAAGUGUUCCCACGCAACUUAUAUAAUAGAACGGGAUGGCACUCCAUUAUACUACAGGGUGUUGUUGAUGGCAAGGGUCUGUUCUGGGACGUGUGUGUAGGCUUUCCUGGUAGUGUACAUGAUGCAAGCGUGCUGAGACAGGCCCAUUUCUGGGAAAUUGUGAGUGAUGGACGGUUUUUCACACAACACACUGUCAGUGUCGCUGGACGUGACAUAGGACACUACAUAAUCGGAGACCCUGCAUACCCACUGAAACCUUGGCUUAUGAAGCCUUUUUAGGAUACCGUCCGGCUGACCCAGGAGCAACACAACUACAAUGCCAGACUAAGCAGUGCCAGGGCAAUUGUGGAGACAACAUUUGGGAAACUGAAAGGCAGAUGGAGGUGUCUCCAAAAGAGGAAUAGUCAGACUCCCAAUUGGAUCUUACCCAGAAGAUGGUUUUAACAUGCUGUGUAUUGCACAACAUUUGUAAAGAGCAUGGAGACCGGUAUGUGGAAGGACCUCCAGUGAUGGAGAACGUGCAGCCACCUAUGUUACAGGAAUGUCAACAGGAAGGAGUUGAUGUGAGAGCUGCAUUGCUUUAACUCUGACUG